CUUCCUCCCUCAUCUUCUUUUCCCUCCCGUGGUCUUCCGUGUUUUGCUUAGCAGUGUGGCUUACCUCGAACUUGGCAGGAAAGGAAAAGCAGGCGGCUCUGGUGCGGGGUAGAAGGAGGGAGGGAUGCGAAGGAAUCCGCCGCCCCCUGCAACUGAGUUCUCCAGUUUCUGUUCAGCGGCAGCAGCUUGGCUGCAGAAAUCAGUUUGCUAUUCGAGAUAGCCAGCAGAGGGAAUCGGAACUUUGCUUGCAGCAGGGGUUGAAGCAGCUUUUUUUUUUUUUUUUUUUUUCUUGGAGGAAAUGCUGCAGCCUUCUGGACUGCGUACACUGCUCCCCGGAGAGGCUCUCUCGGUUCCACCCACUGGCUGGAAGGAGGGGAAGUGAAUGAAAGGACAGGACAAGCCCCGAACACCAUGUCACUCUGGGAGGGAGACAGCAGCAACUAAGCUGUGCACGGUUUUCUUUUCUUUUCUUUUUUUUUUUUUUCUUUUCUUUUUCUUUUUUCCCUUUUCUUUUAUUUCUCUUUUGUUUCUUUCUUUCUCUUCUUUUUUUUUUUUCUUUCUUUUCUUUUUCUUUAAGGUUGGGAAAGAGACAAACAGGAGACAGGAAGCAGACCUACGAGGAUUUGGAGUUGUGCUAAAAGGAGUUUGAUUUUUUUUUUUUUUUUUUCUCCCUUUACAAACGCUGGCAAUUGACAUCGCUACAGACAGCCUGGUUAGAAAACACACUGCCUCAUCCCAAGCAGACCCUGGCAGCCGGAGAAGCUCGCAAGAUCUGAGGAAGCUGUCUGCCUGGCUUUUUUUUUUUUUUCCCUACAGAUUCCACUCCCCACCUUUUUUGGCGGCGUGUGUUUUUGUUUUGUUUUGCUGUUUCAAUUCUUACCUUGUUGGAACUAGCGAGUGGUGGAGUCUCGGAAGCCUCAUCCGUCAUCGGGACUGUCAGGAAUAGUGGUUUAAGAGGAAGCUCGGCCUGGGGCACUAUACCCUGUCAUCCAGUUCCCUGCUCGGAGAUAAAGAUUCCAGCUACAUGGGCAAACGCUUGGACCAGCCACAAAUGUACCCCCAGUACACUUACUACUACCCUCAUUAUCUCCAGACCAAGCAGCCCUAUGCACCAGCUCCCCACCCCAUGGCUCCUCCCAGCCCCAGCACAAACAGCAGCAGCAACAACAGCAGCAGCAACAGCAGCGGGGAACAGUUGAGUAAAACCAACCUGUACAUUCGAGGCCUUCCUCCAGGCACGACGGACCAGGACCUAAUCAAGCUGUGUCAACCAUAUGGAAAAAUUGUAUCCACAAAGGCAAUUCUUGACAAAAACACGAAUCAGUGUAAAGGUUAUGGUUUUGUAGAUUUUGACAGUCCUGCGGCUGCACAAAAAGCAGUAGCAUCUCUCAAAGCAAAUGGCGUACAAGCCCAGAUGGCCAAGCAACAAGAGCAAGACCCAACCAAUCUAUACAUCUCCAAUCUCCCGAUUUCUAUGGAUGAGCAGGAACUUGAGAAUAUGCUGAAACCAUUUGGCCAUGUCAUCUCCACAAGAAUACUAAGAGAUGCCAAUGGCGUCAGCAGAGGCGUUGGCUUUGCCAGAAUGGAAUCGACUGAAAAAUGUGAAGUGGUAAUUCAACAUUUUAAUGGAAAAUAUCUGAAAACACCACCAGGCAUCCCAGCUCCCAGUGAACCAUUACUGUGCAAAUUCGCUGAUGGAGGACAAAAGAAGCGACAAAAUCAGAGCAAAUACACCCAGAAUGGAAGGCCGUGGCCCAGAGAAGGAGAGGCUGGCAUGGCUCUGACCUAUGACCCCACAGCUGCCAUACAGAAUGGAUUUUAUUCUUCACCGUACAGUAUUGCAACCAACCGCAUGAUUCCACAGACAUCUAUCACGCCAUUCAUUGCUGCUUCCCCUGUCUCCACAUACCAGGUCCAGAGUACUUCAUGGAUGCCUCAUCCGCCAUACGUUAUGCAACCAACAGGUGCUGUGAUCACCCCAACAAUGGACCAUCCGAUGUCAAUGCAGCCAACAAACAUGAUGGGGCCCCUGACGCAGCAGAUGAAUCACCUUUCAUUGGGCACAACGGGAACGAUUCAAUCCCAAGACAGGAUUAUGAUACUUCACCAGCUGUUGUGUCAGUAUAUGACUGCUGCUGCUCCUAUGCAAGGGACCUACAUUCCCCAGUACACGCCUGUGCCUCCAACAGCUGUUUCUAUCGAAGGUGUUGUUGCUGACACCUCUCCCCAGACAGUGGCACCUUCAUCGCAGGACACCAGUGGUCAGCAGCAACAGAUAGCAGUGGACACGUCCAACGAGCACGCACCUGCAUAUUCUUACCAACAGUCUAAACCAUAAACAGAACAGGAGAAUGUCCGUCUGAAAUUUUGCCUUGAAUGAAGAAACUUCGCUGAAGGAGAAGUUAGUUGGCUUCCAGUUUGCACAGGCAUCAAUGGAAGGCUUUUUUUUUUUUAAUUUUAUAUUUUUACUCAGUGAAACAAAGUUUUUACGUGCUGUGCAAAUGGUUCCUUCAUGUGGUCUGACAGUUUAUUUUUGCCACCUUUUUCUUUUUUACUUAAAGGAAAAGAAAUCCCAGAAAGGGGGUGGGCGGGGGAGGGUUACAAGUUGACGUUAUAUCUGGAAGAGCAUUUGAAUGCAAACUUUACCUGAAAGUAUAGAUACCUUUUCUUUAUUUUAUUCUUUUUUUUUAAAUUGAAAACCUGAUGUCAAGAGAUGGGCAAUCCAAAAUGGAAGCAAGUGAGCUUCUUCAGUAAUUAAGCUACUUUUACUUUUCCCCUUCCUGUUUAAACCUAGUGGGUUAUUGUUUCUUAUUUUAUUUUAUUUUUUUCUUAGAAAUGUUUAGGUAAAGUUUAUCUCAAAUCUUAAUUGCCUUAAUUUUAAGGACGUCAAAGGCUCUCAAGGCAAGCUGUCAACGUCUUGUUAAAAAAAGUAAUUCAAGAAAGGAUUGAAAUAUUGUGCCUGCUUUCACCGGCACAGAAGUUUAAGACUAUGAGUUUUUAGGGUGAAAAAAAACUGUACAGUUUAAAAGAAAAUGUUUUUCUUCAUUUGAAGAAAAUUUGUUGAUAAAAGAAACCAUGGCAACUGCAAGAAUUGGGAAAUGCUGGGACUUUUCAUGAACUUUGUCUUAAGUGUUGACACAAAUCAUUCUAGAAAGCUAAAACAUUUUAUGGUAAAGUUAUUAAUGUUGGUUUAAAAACAACUGCAUUAGAAAUAAUGCGUGUUUGGGGGCAGAAUGCAGAUUUUUUUAUUUACAAAGCGUGAUUGCUAGCAAAAGCAUUAGUGCUUUUUAUCUGCAGUCUUUUUUAUGAGCUUUACAAAGUUUCUAGUCGGCUUUGCUUGUCACAUUGCAAAACUUAGCUAAGAGCAUUAAAAACAAAACAAAAAACAUAAGUAGAUAGGAGCUUAUGGUCAAAAAGUGCAAAAAAAUCAAAAAACAAAAACAAAAACAAAAAAAGCAAUAGAUAGAGAAAUUGUUGACAAUUUCUGUAGUCUUUCCUAGUUGUGAUCAAAUUCAGCCUAUAGAUGGCCUAUUUUAUACCAAAGAUGAAGUGACACCCUAUUACAGUCCAGAAGAUAGAGGUUUUCUUUUCUUUCUUUUCUUUUCUUUAAAAUUUUAUUUGACCUACAAUGGCCGGACCAGUUCUUACUUUGUUGUUUGUUUAAAUUACCUUCCACUGGUAUUUUACAUACUGCAUUUUUUUUUAAAUGUACAUUUGUUUAUAAUAGAAGCUUGCACCGGCUGUGUUCAGCUGUCCCAGGAUGAAGAGUUCUGGAAACCAAUCAAUAGAGCCAAGAGGCUUUUAAUUUUGUGAGCUUUUCUGAUUCCUUGCUAGCUCUCUUCACUGCGACACCUGUGUUGAUGGCCACCAAUAAGCCAAGAGACAUGUGUAAGAGGGUGGACUUGCUUUCUGUGGGUUCGGAACUAAAGAUACUUCCUGAAUAUGGCCUGAAAGGUCUCUGAAAUGCCCUGUCAGAAAAAUGUCGUGAAACUGUGUGAAAUGGUGAAUGUUCGCCUGCAAAGGUCUCAUGGUAUUUGUAACAAUCGUCUUCCUUCUAAAUUCCAAUACCUCCUGGUUUUGUCUUUUCCCAGCGAACUUGCUGUCAUCCACAUGAAUGGCCACCUUGACAUUGUAGUUGGGAAGGAGUUGUUUUCUUUUUAUCUCUCUUCAUGGUAUAUUCAUACCUUGGUUUUGCCUAAAAGAAAGAAAACAUACUUUUUUAAUUUCAUUUUAAGGUUCUGAUGCAAGAAAUACCAGUAAUACUGAGGAUUUUCUUAGUGGGAUUUAGGGAAACUCUUAAAAUGCUGGCUGACAAUCAAGAAAUUGUAUGAUUUAUAUCAAUAAGUACCAAAACAACUAGAUUUGAUCAGUCAUUAAAGCCAAAGGAGAUAUUUACAUAUAGAAUGAUGCAAAAUUAUACCUAAAAUUAUUAAAUUGACUUACCUAGAAAAUGUCUUCACAUUGUUGAUUAAGUCAACAUUAAAUCUAUACAG